CACUCAUCAAAACAAUGUUAAUGUAAUGCGUGACGGGGAAGGUUGUAUGUUUUCAUGAAUUUACAAAUGUUUUCUCAUAUAAAUGGCGUUAUUUAUUAAGAAUUGAAUUUUUGGAUGAUAAGAUUUCUAAAAAUGUAUCCAGAGUGUGACGCUGAGAUGACAGAAAGGACAAAAUUGGACCAGAAAUCUCGUCAGAACUGUCGGAUUAGUAUUUCAAGAUGGAGGUCGCACUUUCCACUUACAUAUUAUGUGUUCUUGUGCAGUAUGUUAAUUUUACAGAAUGUGAUUUUUGUAAGUUGUGAAAACGCCAUAUAUACAGCUAAAGUCAAUGUUACUUAUUACGAUGAUAUAAGGAACAGUAAAUCGUCUGUGUUGGAGAUGGGGGUGUUCGGAAACGAUGCAACUUCACGGGUACACACAGCGCCUGGGCUUUUGGUGCAUGUACGUACAGUGGAUAAUAAAACAGAUGCAUGUAAAACAAUAACAAAUGCCCCCAAUAAUAUGCGAUGGGUGGCCUUGGUUCAGAGAGGGAUAUGCACUCUGCCACAGAAAGUUCAGACAUGUUGGAAAGCAAAUGCAUCAGCAGUUAUCAUAUAUGACAACGAGGAACCCAAGUCUACUAGAGACUACUCGACAUAUAACUUGAAAGGUAACAUAUUGGCUAUCUUUGUCACCAAACCAGAGGGACAGGAGCUACUGGAUAUCCUGAAAAAACACAAAGUUGUAAAUGUGCAGAUUUUUGAGGGCCAUUUAAAGAAUGUGAACACCAAUACAGAUCCGUCAACCCCUACCAACAUCAGCAAGACCUCAGUCAUGUUCGUCUCAAUCUCUUUUGUGGUUCUCAUGAUCAUUUCCCUGGCUUGGCUUGUCUUCUAUUACAUUCAACGAUUCCGAUAUGCACAUGCCAAAGAAAGACUUUCAAGACGUCUAGCCAGCGCUGCCAAAAAAGCCAUUGCCAAGAUUCCCCAGAGAACACUCAAAGGAGGCGACAAGGAAUUGGAUCCUGAGUUUGAUCAGUGUGCAGUGUGUAUUGAAGGAUACAAGACUUCAGAUGUUGUUAGAACAUUGCCAUGCAAACACAUUUUUCACAAGUCCUGUGUAGAUCCAUGGUUAUUAGAUCAAAGAAGCUGUCCAAUGUGUAAGCUGGAUAUAUUGAGGGCGUACGGGAUGCAUGUAAGUCAUUUGAACAGCAGCCAAGAAUCUGUGCAUGCUGAGCCUGAUAGUAAUGAACUAACAGCUUCUGGACUGGAUGGGGAUCCCAUCAUGAUAUCUCCCGAGGACCACCACCACCUCCACCACAGAGAGGGAGUGGAGGUCUUGUUGAUAAGUCAUCCAUCAGUGCACUAUCAUGGAUCAGAUACUUUCUGUGAUGACAAUGGAGAGCAUGAAGCUCUUACUGAGCCUUCCUCUCCUACUGAGAGUGAACAUGAAGUCAUAGACAUAGAUCCGGACUCGGACAGUGAAAAUGAGUGCUCAGAAAGAAACUCCUUAAUGUCAGGAGAAAAGUCACGAUCCUAUGAUAAACUGAGAAGAUCAUCAAGUCUUCAUGACACUAGUGAUGUUUAGAGGUUGAUCAGUAAGAAGCAAACCUUGCGUCACAAUACCAAAGAACAAAAGAGGGUAGAUUAAAACAGAAGAGGCCAAAGAAAAAAGACAGAGGCUAUCUUAGAAACAUGUAUCUGUAUUGAAAUCUCAUUCAUCUUGCUUUGUAUAAAUACCUGUUUUUGCAUUGAAUCAUAUUUCCAUUGUAGGAUCUCUCAUAGGUACAAAGCAUGGAACUGGUUGUUAGUGGAGCUUAAAUGAACACAGUUUCCAAUUCUUACAUGAUUUUUUUUUUUAUAAUUGAGGUUUAAAUCAGCAUCAAAUGUCUUGCUUACAAACAUGAUUAAUAUUUGGUGAUUUUGAUAUAUUUUUCAUAGUAAGUUAACUUCAAUGUCUAUUUUACUCAUUUGAUAAAUUGUAUGUUUUAAUUAUUGGUAGGCAAGCCAAUGCAUCAAUAGAUAAAUAUAUAUUAAUGUUGUCUCUGCUUAUUGCAGUGUUUAUAAUGCAUAUAGUCACAGUUCACUCACUGUACAUGUACCAACCAAGUUAAUUCACAUAUUGUGAAAUUAAGCAUUGUAAUUCUCUGUAAUAUAUUAGUGUGUGUAAAUAUGUUGUGAUGCUGAAAGAGUGUGUAUGUAGAGAUGCAGUUGAUUUCAAAGUAAGGAAUUGGGUCAUCUCUUAGAUUGACAUUUCAAUAUUAAAGUCAUUAGAACAUCCUUGAUUAUUUAGGACACCUCAUGCAGUGUUUUUCUUAUUUGCAUACCAGAUCAUGUCAAAGCAGCAUGAAUUGAAUUACAUACUGUUUCUGUACAUUUUAAGUGAAAUAUUUCAUUACUUUUUGACAAAGUCACUCCAUGGAAAUAAUGUAUAAAAUCUGGAAAGAAUAAUACAUGUAAUGAAAAAUGUAUAUAUACAGUAUAUAUUAAGUUAGCAAUAUCUUGCAUGAGAUGUCUUGAAAGGAUGGAGAAUUUGAGACGGGGAAGAAUCAGGACAAGUUCAGACUGAGUGGAGUAAAGUGAAAGUGGAGAAUGAAGUGAAAGUGCAGUCUAGUAAAAGUGAAAGUGGAGCAUAAUUGAAGUGAAAGUGGGAGCAAGGCUCCAGAUUAUGUGUUGUUGGUAAUCUGUGUUGCUCUUGUUCAACAGGAUAUUAUUUGAAUGUUACUUAUUUAUGUUGCUGUGCUACAUUUGAAAUUAUUUCCCACAUAUAGUGUAGCCCUGCAAACAACGAAUUUAAGUCAGUUGUGCUAAUGUUAUGUAGGUUUAUUGCAUGCUGGCUAUCAUAUGGAAAUAUGUUGCACUUGUUAUCAGCUCUUCACGAAAUAGCAUCAAAUCCUUCUUUAGAAUUAAGAUUAGACAUUAAGAAAUUGGAAGUGUUUUAAUUGUUUUAUUCAUAAAAAGAUUUUUCUUGGUAUUAUUUAUGAAAAUUGCAUUGAAGAUUUGA